AUGGGUCUGGAAAAUUUCAAGAACAUCAAGAGCCCAAAGCACAAAAGUCAUAUGGUGCAGGAUGAUUAUCAAAAAGAGGUCUUUUCUAUAUCGGCCUGGCUAUUAUGGAAUAGGAGAAACGCAUCUCACUUUGGCCGUCCAGUGCACCCUAUUGCAAACAUUGUCUCUAUGGCUGGUAACAUGCUGCAGGAGUUUUUGAUAGCAGAAGACAAGGAACCAGUGAAACCUCUCCCUCCCAUCUCGCACCAGUGGCGUCCACCUGAGCUGAAUCAGUACAAAGUGAACUUUGAUGCUGCUGUAUUCAGAACCACAAACUCGGCUGGAAUUGGAGUUAUUGUUCGAGAUUGGAGGGGUGAACUUGUUGGUGCGCUGUGGCUCACUCCAUCGCUGAUAUGGAGGCUUUGGCAGGCUGAGUUUGGGCUUCAAACAGUUGUUUUUGAAGGGGAUUCAACUAUGGUUAUCAAUGCUAUAAACCAAGGUAAUGCUGGAUUCUCAACCUACAGAAACUCAUUGAAGACAUACGCUGUCAAGCCGUGCUUUUUCAGUCCUCUAUGUUCAACCAUGUUAAUCGUUCUUCUAACUGUGUUGCUGAUGCUUUAG